CGUUACUCAAAGCUUAAAAGCCUACCCGAUUUCCGCUCUCCCGUUUCUUACUCUGUUUCAACAACCGUCUCUUCGGUUUCACUUCCUCUCAGAUCUCUAACCAUCCAAACACGCUCUCUUUUCAACUGCAUUCUCUUCUAUGGCUACCAAAUUCUUCAUCUACGCUCUUUUAGCCUUCUUUGCUCUACAAGUUACUCUCUCUGCAACUCCACCACCGGAAUCAGACUCGUCCCCUAGUCCGUCUCCUCAACUACCUGCCCGUUCACCGCUGCUUUCCCCUCCUUCUCCUUCACCGGCGAUGGAUCUCCCUCCUUCGCCUACAUAUUCACCAAUAGUUUCGCCACCAGCGCCGCCGCCGUCAGAUCUGCUUGGUCCUGGUGCUUCUCCCACUCCGACUCACUCGCCUGAGAACUCUGGUGUUCCUGCGCCGGCUCCGGUGGAGCCGAGUGAUAUCAAUCACAGCAACAAUGUAGAAGCAAAUGGCGACCAUUCGAAGGGAUCUUCUGGAAUGAGCGGAGGAAAAAAGGCUGGGAUUGCUAUUGGAGUGGUUUUGGUGGCCGGCGUGGUUGUAAUGGUUGGUUUGCUUUAUAAGAAGAGGCAGGACAAUAUCAGAAGGUCCCGAUAUGGUUACGCGGCCAGGGGAGAGCUUCUGUGAAGAGAAUGAUAGAGGUUAAAAAGAAGAUUAAAAGGUAGUUAUUACUAUUAUCGCUACUAGAUUUUAUUAUAUGGUAUACAAUUGAGUUGAGAGCAUCGUUGAUUUCUUUUAUUCAUUGUUCAAUGCUUGCA